AUGACGGCCCCACUCUUUGCCUCACCGCCAGAGGAUAUACGCAAACUUCUAGAUGCAAAGUUGCCGCUUGAGCCCAAGAAGUAUCAAGGCACAGUAGCGUUGCCCGGCUCAGAAGCGGAGGGCCACUCUCCGAUAUAUAGAAACAUAUACAGCCCCGAGCUAUUGAUCUCGAAUUUGCAUCCCACGUUAGACACCCUAUAUAAGCAAUUUGAAUUUGCUUGCCAUUUCAACGGCACGCGUAAUGCGUUCGGGGUGAGGGAAAAAAUUAUUGGUGGUGGUGGUGUAGGUGGUCCCGAGGGAAAAGUGUCAUUUGGGCGUUAUGUAUGGCAGGAUUACAACACGAUCAAGCAAAGGAGAAACAAUUUGGGCUCGGGAGUAUUUUUCAUCUUGGAGAACAACCCCUAUAAGACUGAAAGUGAAGCCCAUGCGAGAAUCAAGUACGACCCCAACAGGAGAGCUGAAGAUGAAGGGUUUGUAUUGAGCAUAUUCAGCCACAAUCGACCCGAGUGGGCCUUGUGUGAUCUCGCUAGCGCCGCCUAUUCAAUAGUCAACACAGCAUUAUACGACACGUUGGGCCCCGACACGAGCAAGUAUAUCUUGCAAUUGACCGAGUCUCCCAUUGUCAUUUGCUCCAAGGAGAAAAUCCAGGGACUAGUCGAGUUGAAAAAGGCCCACCCUGAAGAAUUGCGCAAUUUGAUCGCGUUGGUCUCAAUGGAUAGCUUGGAUUUGAUGGUGGAGGACUUGCGGUUGAAACAAUUUGCCAACGCCAACAACAUUUCCUUAUUUGAUAUCACACAAGUUGAGAAAAUCGGCGCUGCUAACCCGUUGGCCCCCAUCCCUCCAACCCCAAAGACCGCAUUUACAAUCUCGUUCACUUCGGGGACAUCGGGGGCAAACCCCAAGGGCGCCGUCUUGACCCACGCCAACGCCGUGGCUGCAACCACGUUCCGCGUGGUGCGCUCGCCAGCGGGGUUCACCGAGCCCGUAGUGAUAUACGCGUUUUUGCCAAUUGCCCACAUCUAUGAACGUUCGUCGAUUCAAGUGGCUUUAGGUUGCGGCCACUCGAUCGGGUUCCCCCAAGGGAGACUGCCCGCGACGUUGUUGGAGGAUGUACGCGAGUUGCAGCCGCAUGCGUUAACGCUCGUUCCUCGUGUUUUAACGAGAUUGGAAGCUGCCAUCAAGGCCCAGACUAUCAAUCUGAACAACUCAUGGGUGAAAUACAUAUAUACCAAAGCCAUCAACGAGAAGAUGAGGUUGCAGGCGCUUCCUAGUGAAAACGAUUACAAUCCACCGCAUUUAGUAUAUGAUAGGUUUUUGAAUGCGUUGCGUCGCAAGAUUGGCUUGGGCAGCGUCGCGAGCAUCAUGACUGGGUCCUCGCCCGUGGGACCCGACACGGUCAAGUUUCUCAAAGCGGCGUUGAAUAUCGGUGUAGCCAACGGGUACGGGCUGACAGAGUCCUUUGCUGGCAUUUUCGCCAGUUCCAAGUUCGAGCAUGAUCCCGUGUCUAUUGGAUGUAUCGGGAUGACGAUUGAGUGCAGACUACGAGAUAUCCCAUCGAUGAAUUACACCAGUAAGGACGCGGGCGGACCAAGAGGCGAGUUGUUAUUACGUGGCCCGCAGAUUUUCAGAGAGUACUACAAGAACCCUGAGGCCACCGCGGAGUCGUUUGACAAGGACGGGUGGUUCUUGACUGGCGACGUGGCGAGAGUCGAGACUGCGCGCGACAACCGGAUGUUCCUCAUUGACCGCGUCAAGAACUUUUUCAAGUUGGCGCAGGGCGAGUUUGUCACUCCUGAAAAGAUUGAAAACACGUAUUUAUCCAGUUUCCCCUUUAUCCAGCAGAUAUUCGUACACGGGAACUCCUUGCAAUCUUAUCUCGUGGGUGUCGUUGGGUUGGACCCGACCACAAUCAAGCAGUACAUCAAAACCCGCUUUCAGGAUGAACUAGUUGAACAAGAAGACAUUUUGGCCUUUUUGAAUGAGCCCAAGAACAAACGCAUCCUCUUGCAGGAUCUAAACAUCUCGACCAAGGACAGAUUACAAGGGUUUGAAAAAUUGCACAAUCUAUUCAUUGAUUUCGAUCCGUUGACGCUUGAGCGCGGCGUCGUUACCCCGACUUUUAAAAUCAAACGGCCCAUCUGCACCAAGUUUUUCCAGAAUGAGUUGGAUGCAUUGUACGCUGAGGGAUCGAUCUUGAAAUAUGGCAAGCUUUGA